AUGCGCCGAUUUGCCGUCGUCUGCUUUUUAUUUCUUGCCCUAGUUGCGGUUACGGUAGCCCGGCCCCUCGCUGAGAUACGAAUGGCCUCAAAAAUGGAUCCUUCUUCUCAUCACCAGAAUUCCGCUAAAUACGACGACCAUCUAUUAUUUGGUACGCGAUUUUCGCUUGAUAGACUACGCAACGCUCCGGUGCAAUACGCAGCUUCCGUUACCGUACGAAACACGCCGAAAAAGUUUCUUCAACAUCGGCUCGAUGCGGCAGAUAUUUCUGAUUUUCGUGGCGUAAUCGAACACACAACCACGCGUAAGGAUACAAGAUUUGUACAUGGAAAACCGGAGGGCACCCGAAAGGAAUUGAUACAUAAAACAGUAAAAUCUAAAAAUCACAAU